CCAUGUCCUCUGUGUCUGGGUUUGAUCUUCCUGAGGUGGAUGGUUCUGCUGUGGAAGACACCUGCAGGUUCUUCUUCCUGCCCACACCCACACCCACUGCAGCUGCACCUGACACCACCACCACCACUACAGUGACUCCACCCACCACUACCACUACAGUGACUCCACCCACCACUACCACCACACAGGUUGUGGCCGCACCCCCAAAAGUAGUAGUCCAAUCACCACAGAGACGACCGGCGCCCAAUAACAGCGGAGCCGCUAAGAUCCUCCAGUACUUCCUUAGCAGCAGAGUGGGCGGAGCUGUCAGAGCACCAACGGGAGGGCGGAGUCAGUCGUCUUCACAAAGCCAUGAGAUAGGAGCUGUGACAGCACUGAGGAGAGGUGGUAGGAUGGACAGAACCAGAUGGAGAGGAGCUUCCAUUUCUUCAGAGGACUCAAGUGAUGAAUGAGACUGAUGAACAAGAGGACUGUAGCAACUGUAGGAACUGUAGCAACUGUAGGAACUGUAGGAACUGUAGCAACUGUAGGAACUGUAGGAACUGUAGCAACUGUAGGAACUGUAGGAACUGUAGGAACUGUAGCAACUGUAGGAACUGAAGGAACUGUAGGAACUGUAGGAAGUGUAGGAACUGAAAUGUCAUGUUAACCCUGAAAAACCUCAAACAGAUACAACUGACCGAGUUGGAUCAAUGACGGUGUUUGUUUUUAUAUUCAGUUCAUGAAAUACUAAUGCGUUGACCCAUGGGGAAGU